UACAACAGAAUUAGGAAUUUGAAAGUCUGUCAGUCCCCACCAUCCUACAGUCUACUAUACUUCUGCUUCAUGUAUAGGCAGUCGUUAGUCGUGCAAACUUCACUUGUAAUUCCGACUGUACAUUGCAGUGCAAUACGCAGACUGCAGAGUCUAAAGUUUCGCGAUCACGAGUUGCUUAACGAUGUCUUCUGACGGCACCAUAGAUUUUCCAAGUUAUGUUCAAAUGAUAUUAAAAGAUGAACACCAGAGAUGUGACAAAUUUUUGAGUGAUGAGGACUUGGAUCAUCUUUUGGAUGAAAGCAAUGCUGAUUCAAAACAGAGGGAGACAAUUCUAGGAUAUCCCUCAUUUCCACUAUACAGGGACUUGGGGACAAUGCUGAAAUUGUGGAUGAUAAACAGGUCUUGUCCAGUCUUGGACCUUCCUAAAUAUGACCUUUUAGAUGAAAAGACCUAUGUUGAAUCCAGGUUGGCAAAGUUUAGUGCUGUAACACCUUUAUUGGAAGGGCUACAGACUCUAUGGGAUAUCUGGAGCGUGGACGAGAGAAAGUACAGGAUCAGGGACAUCUUGGUGACAUUGGAAAAGAGAGGCAUGUUGGAUUUGUUUGGAGUAAGAAAUACUGUUGGAACCCGCGAGAUAUUACCACCUCCAAGAAAAGUCAUGGAGGCAGCUUUCACAAAAAAACACUCACCUAAUGCUGAGCUGUCUGUGGGGGCAAGGGCCUUGGCUAAGCACCAUCAUAGGGACCAGACCGACUCCUGGUGGGGUGUCUGUACAGGAAAUGAAAAGGCAAAGAACAAGAAUGCCUUAGAUAACAUGAACAAAGUUUUAGAUAAUGCUACCUGGAUCAAUAUCCACUGGCUCCCGCAAGAUGUCAUCAUUAUGGAAGCUAGACACGGAGAUGGUUAUGGAGCGAGAUGGAGCCCUGAUGGUAAGGAAUUCCGUGGAUUCCUGGAACCUCAGAUGGUAGAUGGUCACAUUGUGGGUUGGCGACAUUGAUGUUGGACUUUUUUUAUCAUUGGAUCUUCAUUAAUAUGUUUGGUGGCAAUUCUGGAUACAGGGGAAUUGCAGUGCUGCAAACAAAGGGACCUCUGCAAUGAAGGGAAUUCCAUAUUGAAGUUCUACCUGCAGUGGGGAAGUCCAUUGUGAAGCUCUCCCUGCUAUGGGGAUGUCCAUCGUGAAGCUCUUCCUGCUGUUGGGAUGUCUUUAUUAAAGUUCUAC